AUGGCGGCACGUGAAUGUGGAGAGUUAGGUAAGUUUGAGUACAGGUGCAAGGUCAUCAUAGAACCUCUUUUCUCAUUUGUCCAAAUUAUUUCUGCUUUUAAAAAAAUUUACCAAGGGAAACCCUGACUGAUACCAAAAGGUGAAAUAUGUUACGCUUUGCAUUUUAUCACGUCAUGAGCAAGGCAGGGGAAAAAAAUCAGCAAUUCCAGAAAUUCGGAGGGAUUCUACAUUGUUCUAGAAGAAAUAAGCAAAUUGGAAAAAGAACAAGAAGAAUAUAAAUUGAAGUUAUUACACAGUUUACCAUAGGUUGAUGGUGGAACACAAAUUUCAGGUUACUGCUCUCAAAUUCUCAAUGAUAUGUAACUAUGGUUUCAAAAUGCUGAAGUUUUAUCGGGAAGAAAGUUGCCCUAAGAUGUGAGAUCCAAUUUGGUUUCCAUUUUCUGUGUUCUUGUAACUUCUCUGGUUGGUGAUACCAUGAAGAGCCAUGGACUUAGCCAUCAUUCCUGUGCAGAUUGUUGAAUGAUUUCUGUCAAUCAUUUGUUACUUCUGACUGAAAAGAUCUGUCUAAGAUUAUAUGGUCGAUAAUCACAGUUGGAUACUAGCUGAAUCACUACAAAAGUGGAAUCAUAUCGAAUGAAUGUCAAUUCAAAGAGGCUAUCCCUUUUCAAACAUACAAACUACAUGGAUAGUAAACAGAGGUGGACAACUUAAAGAUUUUUAAAAUGGACUUAAUUAAGAAAUAUGUAGCAACUAGCUGGCUUCUAGAUGUUUUUUCUACUCUGUAAGAAAAAAAUAAUGGCAUCAGUAUCAUCAAUUUUUUUUUGUUCAUUUUGAGAAGAUGCAUUGUAGGUAAUGAAAUCACAUGCAUGUAAAUGGUGUGUCUGUCGAGCCAUUAUAGGUGGUAAUAACUUUUCCAGUUCUGACUAUUUUGUUGUCAGUUAGUAGUGGAGAAAUCUUGAAGUAUUCACCUCUCAAUCAUGACCUGUUUUGGCUGGUUUUUCUGGUAAAUACAUGGAAAUUCACAGCUCUUAGUAUCUAGUUUUUCAUUGAAACUAAGGACAGCUGAAUCCAAACUUUGUCACUGAACUCCAAUCUGCCCUUGACUCUGAUGAUGACUUCCAUUCAGGUUGUCAAAAUGUCAGUCACCUCUACUGACAACAGUUUUUCUCAGGACUUAACACUCACCUGGACAAUCAAACUACACUAUGACAAACUGAUUAUCUUAGUAAUUCAGUGAACAAUAAUAUUAAACUGUAGAUCAUGUUUUUCUUGUUCUUUGUUUAGCAAUUCUGAGUGUUUCUGAUAAGCAAGGACUUGUAGAGUUUGCCAAAAAGCUUGAUGGAUUAGGAUUUAAAUUAAUUGCAUCUGGAGGAACAGCAAAUAAAAUCCGUGCUGCUGGUAUUGCUGUCAGGUACAGUGUAUGUGCAGUUUCUUGCAACAUGUUAUUUUAUUUGUUUGAAUGAUACAUUGCUGACUGACUAUUAUGUAAUAGUACACAAUGAUAAACCAAUACAAAAUUUCUUUAACCAUAGUCACAGGUUUUUAAGAGUGUGUUUGUUUAGGUGACAGUUUGAAAAGCUUUCAGCUAUAUGUGUAUCUCUCUAAAAACUACAGAAAAUAUCAUCAAGAGGUCUUAAUUGUGAUAUUAUUAAUGCAUGCAAAGUCAGAACAGUCCAGUGUAGAGAGUGGUAGCAUCUUGAUACUUAUUCCAAACAGUCAGUUGUGCUCAAUGAGGUAGAGUAGAACUCACAUGGGGUGUUGCACAACAAAUUGCUUCACUAAACAGGGUUAAAUGGAAAUAUAUUGAUGUAACCUUUGUCCCAUAGGGGAUAUAAAAGAUUGAUAAUAAUCUGUGUGGGAAUCACUUGGGUCCAUACAGAUGGCUGGUGUGCUCUGUUACCCCCAUUCAAUUGGUCUGUUAUGGCUGAUUUGUGGUUCUUACUAAUAGAUGUUCUGCAUCUAGUGAAAUUCCUGCCAAAGGUAUUUUCUGCCUCAUUUGUGGAUUUGGUCAUCCUAACUCCAUAUCAAGUCCAAAAUCUGGUUUGAUUUCUGCCUCAAAAUAAGGCAGAAAGACUCUUUGUAGGUAUUUUCCAAGAUCUGCAAGCAAAAAUUCUAUUAAUGAGGACUAAAAAUUGAGCAUUAAAGACCAUGUGGGCUAGUUGGUCAUAUAUAUGUAAUUUUUUUCUCUGACAGGGAUGUGUCAGAUGUGACAGGUGCUCCUGAGAUGUUAGGGGGUAGGGUUAAAACCCUCCAUCCUGCUAUACAUGGAGGUAUACUGGACAUUUUCAAAUGGGUGAUUGUUUACUGAAUGCUCCAAAGCAUUUGAUUAGUUAAUACUAUGUGUAUCUGCCCUUUUAUUGUCCCAACACACAUAAGUAUGGUGUUUAAAAAUAAUAACUGGAAAAUAAAUUACCCAUAGCUUAAAAGGAGAUUAUUUUAUCAAAGUGCUGCUCUGCUUCACUCUAAGAACUGCUUCAACAUUAUACUGAUCCUUUUCUUUGAGCAAGCCUGUUGUUACAGCAGGCUUGCCACCCUUUAUCCCAUAAACUAUAUUAUUUGGAUUAUAAUUUGGAGGUAUAACUCUGGUAAUGAUACAAAAAACAAGUUUAAUUUCUGACUUCACAUAACACACACACAAAAGAUAUGCAUGUUACCUUGAAUGGUUUGUUUUGUCUUAGGGAUUCUUGCUAGAGUAACUGAAGGAGACAAAUCAGACAUGGAAAAGCAAAGUUAUGAGUAUAUCAGGUUUGUUAAAUUAAACUUAACUGUAUGUUUCACUGAAAUUAAGUUUACAUUCAUUCUCUUAAUUUGAUGAUUACAGUGACAAAACUAGACAAAUACAAACAAUGAGAAUAAAUAUAUGUACAUGCCACAGAAAUAUGGGAAAACAAUCUGUAUACAUCUGACAGUCAGAACUACUAUAGUUAACAUCGUAUGUUCUACUUCCUUGCUAGCCAACAGUAUGUGACAAGGGCUGUGUGGCUAGAACGUUACUGAGUCUUCCACCACCAGUGCUUGAUAAGUUUUAAAGGUGACUUGAGUUGGGAGUUUAAAGGCUCCCUAGUUUGGCUUGUGUCAAAAUGAUUUCUUACAUUGACAUGAUGUAACUAUCAUUUUAAGAAGUCAAAUCAACUGCUUCACUGGUUUUAGCAACCAUAGAUAAUUUUAUGGUGCAUUCAUGUUUUUUCAGACUUGUGGUGUGUAAUUUGUAUCCUUUUGUAAACACUGUGGCAAAGGAAGAAUGUACUGUGGAAGAUGCAGUGGAGGAGAUUGACAUUGGUAUGUGAUAUCUUAAAAUUAUAACAUAUUUAUAAUUUUGUAAAGAGUGAGUCCAUCACUCAGUCACAAACAGUUUGGUUACGGGUUGAGAUUCACUAUCAGGAUCAAUUUUUUCAACCAGAAGAGUUGCAUUGAUAUUUUUCUUUUUUCCUAACUUUUAAAUUUGGGAUCAGGACAUAACAACUUACAACAUUUAUGCUAUUCUUUACUUUCCUCAUAUCACCUCUUUGUCUUUGAAAUUAACCAGUGCACAGCUGUAAUAUAAAUUAUUAAAUAGUUAUUAUUUUGUGUUUAGGUGGUGUUACUCUUUUAAGAGCUGCUGCUAAAAAUCAUGCUCGUGUCACAGUUGUCUGUGAUCCUGCUGACUAUGAUAGGUAAAUGAGGCUACAGUUGACUCUGUCAAUUACUGUGUAUUGAAUUUUAAAACUAAACACAAAAUUUUGCUUGAAAUAAGCCCUUAAAACCAUUAGUCUCAAAAUUUGAAAAGUAAUAUUGAGGGACAAGUUUUAGAUAGCAUGAAACACAACCAAAGUCGUCCUAUAAAUCGUGAGUGGGCAUUCUUCCUUUCUUCACUCCACGAGAAAUGUGAAUGUUCACGGGGGAACAUUUUUUAAUUGUAUUGCAUGAAACAACCCUUAUUGAGGGGUGCUGUCUUUUGGAAAUAUUCUUCUUCAUCAGCAGAAGAUAGUGUGAACAAUUUGAAUUGUUUUACUGAGUGAGUUUGAGGUAGCGCUCUCAUGUCUGUCUAACCUCUUGUUCUACCAAAUGAAAUUAAGAAGGUAAUCAUUGAAUGUUUCAACUACCUUUGCCACUGGCUAUGGUAUUGUUACACCCUUUGCUUUAAAAGGUGAAUCUUUAAGAUAAUCUGUCUCUACUUUUUUUACUGGUUGGCAGUUUUUUGUGAGGAUGUAAAGACAGGAUGACAGGAUAAGUCUAUCCUUUUUUUUUUUUUUUUUUGUUAUUGGUUAUCACCUUAUUCACAGGGUAGUGGAUGAAUUAACCUCAAGUGAUUACCAUGACACCUUGCCAAGCACAAGGAAAAUGCUUGCCUUAAAGGUAAGAGAAUCGUGGAGACAGUACACAAAAUAACUGCUCAACAUGGCUUCUAAAUGACACCCCAGAAACAAACAAACAGGAGCAUUGGGCACAUCACAAAUAAGAAGUAUCAUCACUUACAUUGGGAAUUUGUACAAACAACAAAAUUUAAGGGUAAAUUUAUUCCCAUGCAUUGGCUUAAAUUCAUUCAGUUCCAUUUGAGUUUGUACAGCCUGUGUUCUCCUUUAUUUAAAACUCUAAUUUCUCUUGUAGUCUGUUGUAUUUGGCUUCAUUAAGGAGUUAAGUGUACUUGUAUCUCAGCUGUACUUACCAUUGGUGCUAUGGCCCAAUUUUAUGCAUCACCUAUUCAUGGAAUAUAUAUGGGAUAUAACUGAUCUCCUAACAGUAAAUCUAUGGGAUAUAUUUGAUAACUUUCAUAGUUUUGUAAAAGUCAUGGAAUUUAUAGAGUUAUGAAAAUUUACAGAACAGUAUUGGAGAUGAAUUUUUCUUAGGCAGACUUCAUCAUUGUUAUUUGUACCUUUAGGCUUUCAGCCACACUGCAAAUUAUGAUAAAGCCAUUUCAGACUACUUCAGAAAACAGUAUGGUACUGGAGUGUCACACAUUCCUUUACGUUAUGGAAUGAACCCCCAUCAAAAACCAGCACAGCUGUUCACCUCAGAGACCAAACUUCCAGUCAAUGUCCUCAAUGGCUCUCCUGGGUUUAUAAACCUCUGUGAUGCUCUAAAUUCAUGGCAACUGGUCCAAGUAAGUUUCUCCAACCAGGAAUAUUCAGCUGUGUGUCAGUGCCUGAAUGAUGUAACUGACAACAAAGGUUAUAAAUGAUCAAUUUAUUUCUCAUCAGCUUUAUUAUCUCUAGGGUCUAUCUCUCUAGAAUGAAAGAGUUCUUUAGCCUUUAGAAGAGGUGAAAAUCUCCAUAUAUAUGAGAAUCUUUGAGUUUGUAAAUGGCUUCUUCUAAACCAUUGUGGAUAUUGUGGUCUAUUAAACUAUGGAAGUUGAUGCUGUGUUAAUAAUAGGUUAUUACUUAUUUACAAUCUAAUCAUAUACAGGAAUUACGCCAAUCCCUGAACUUGCCAGCUGCAGCAUCAUUUAAACAUGUAAGCCCAGCUGGGGCAGCUGUUGGGGUGAAACUUACAACAGAGCAGGCAAAGCUUUGCAUGGUGGAAGAUAUGAUUGACAGCUUGACACUACUAGCCACAGCUUAUGCCAGAGCCAGAGGGGCAGACAGGAUGUCAUCCUUUGGUGACUGGGUGGCGCUUUCUGACAUCUGUGAUCUCCCUACAGCAAAAAUUAUAUCUAGAGAAGUGAGUUUCAAUCAAGAGAAUGUAAACAGGGAUGUUCUUUAGUAUUUAGAAUAAGUGGGAUAUGUGGCACGGAUGUCACUUUUGAACAAAGGGUUUACAGAAAAGUGGAAAAUGGUACUUUUUAACUUUAAAGGAGGUUGUAACUCUAGAAAUGAUCAAGUAUGUCUUCUGAGAGGUACAUUUAUUUCAGUGACAAAUUACAAACUGAGUAAAGAUUUAAAAUAGAAAUUUGUUGUUGUUAAUCUUUCAUAUUGAAUUAUAUGUGAUAAAUGUACUUUGUUCAUUAAAAAAAAAAAAUCUUGGAAUAGCUCAUAAAAAAUUAUAAGUAUUUGAAAAUGUCUGCCAAGUUGGUGCAGUUACUUUAGAAUCAACAGAAGCCUUUCCCAAAAAAUAUAGCAUUUUUAUUCAUGGUCAAGGAUAAAGAGGUGGAUGAAAAAGGAAUUGUUUCUUCAGUUACUAUGGGUUUGUAUGUGUGUAAGUUGAUUUGUGAUCCUUUCUGUAGGUCUCAGAUGGUAUCAUUGCCCCAGGGUAUGAGCCAGAUGCACUAGAUGUAUUAAAGAAGAAAAAAGGAGGGAAAUACUGUGUGCUUGAAGUAUGAAUGAAAUAUCUUCUGAAAAACUCCUUUUUUUUUUUUUUUAAUUUUUUAAAAUUUUUUUUUACUCACCUGACAAUGAUGAUGACAAAACUGUACACUUUCAGCCUUGAGAGAAGUAGGUGUAUACAUGAAAUACAAAUGAAACUUAUAGCACUGAAUAACAAAGGAACACGAAUCGCGCAUUUUUUUCAACCGUGCGCGCAAAAAAUCAUAUAUAUGCGUCUGACUACCCUGCAUCAGAGUGUAUGAAAUUCGUCUGAGCAGUUGAUGUAUACGUGAGCGGUACUGUAUGUUGCACUAGGUACACAGGGCAUAGGAAGCGGCAAAGUUUUUCAUAAAAAUACAUUUAUUGAGUAUCAUGAGAUUUUAAACUUCUCAGUUUAUUAUCUCUGGAGCAUGUUUUAAAUGCAUUAAAAUACUUUAAUCUACUCUAUUAAUUUUCUGCCUUGUUCCCAGCCUGUCAAUUGACCAUAGUAAAAACUCUGUUCUCUACAACUAUACAACAGUUGGCACAUGCAAUUGUAGACUGUGUUUUAUUUCUGUGAGUAACCCUAAGGAAGAUAGCAAUGCUACUUGUUUCAUUCAGAUGGAUCCUGCAUUCCAGCCCCAAGAACUAGAGACCAGAACCAUAUAUGGACUUCAACUUGAACAACUAAGAAAUAAUGCCAAGAUUGAUGAGAACGUCUUUAGAAACAUUAAAACCAAGAGGCAAGAUGUAAGUCAUAGAGAAACAAACUUACACAAUCAUGUACCAGUACAUUCUCCUUAUUUAAAUAACUUAACAGUGAUUGAUUCUUUACAUUUAAUUUAACAGUUUACUGUAUUAACAUACUCUAGAUCUAAGGAAACCAUGUGUUGGUUCAUUGUUAAGCUGGUCUACCCUAAGAACUUAAGCCCCAUUGUACUGAAAGAAAACAUUUAGAACCUUCCUUUGACUGAUCACUAAGAAUAAGAUCAACAGGAAUCUUUAAGUUUUACCAUUUCUUUUUUUAGCUGAAAAAUGAUGAAAAGUUGUGUUUAUGUGUUAGUUACCUGAGACUGCUUUACGAGACCUAAUUGUGGCCAGUAUUGCCUUGAAGUACACACAGUCUAAUUCAGUUUGUUAUGCCAGGGAUGGUCAGGUAUGAUGAUAGGUUCUUUAACUCAUGCACAAUUAAUGAGGCAAUUAACCAAGAUAUGACUUAAACAUGGAUGAAGUAGUUAAGUAAAUAGACUGUGUCUCAAGAUUUGUUUUGUUAAAUCCAAUCAUAAAUUUUACAAUGAAAGCACCCAGUAUAACCCAAAACUGUACUCCAGUUAUAGGAAACAUUCUUACUUCUAACAAACUGCUAUAAUGGGAGUAUUUGUUGGCAAGUCUUUCUUCCUUCUUUCAUUUAAAAUUAGUCUAACUCAGACUUAAUGGCCAGGUUAUUUAAAUGAAAGUUAGCCAUUAAGACAAAAUUGCGUUUGAAGCCAACUUCAGUAUAGCCAAACCUUUUAUCUGAACAUUUAUUUUUGAAAACUUGUCAAGAUUCCCCAAAGCUAUUAAUGGCAGUAUUUUUAUAUAACUAAAUCAACCCUCCUAAUGAGAAUCCCUAAGGCCCACUGGUAGUGUGAAACCGUGGUUUGGGUCAGGGGUUGUGUAAUAACUGGCCCGAUCUGUGUGGAAAUUGUCUAAUGAAGCAAUAGUGAUGUGCUGCGCUGUGAAGAAACAUGGAAACGUGUUUCUACUUGCAUCACCGUUUUACAGAGCCUCUAAAUGUUUCUAGAACUCACAUAGUUUGGGACAGAUUUUUUAAUUUGAGGGUUUUGGAAAGGAUCAUUGGCCAUGGAUAGGGAGUCACAAUUCUGUUUGUUCCCUUUGUAUGAGAACUGACUCUAUUUUUUUGUGCCAGUACUAAUUUUGUACAUCAACAUUUGGCUCACCAAAUGUGAUCAUACAUCUUGUACAAGCCAAAAAUUAGAUAUUAGAGUAUUCAAACUUACUUUCAUUUUUAAGGCCUUCAAGGAAUAAGCUGACUGGCAUGCAUACUUUUGAGUCUCUUUACACUGUGGCCUCCUACAUUGUGUGUGGCUCCUAUUCUGAUAUUCUGUAUUUGGUAAUGAUUAUUGUUUUAGGUUAUUGGCAUUGGUGCGGGACAGCAGUCUCGCAUCCACUGUACCAGGUUGGCAGGAGACAAAGCAAACAACUGGUAUGAUUAAUAUACAUGUACAAUUAUUGUCAACUAGAUGACUUCAGUUCUCUUUAUUUCUCAAGGUUCUAUCUGGUAAAGCUGUUCAUUUUUGACACAAUUGGUGUGUUUAUUUCAAAAACAAUAACUUUGCUAUGCAGUAAUGCAUUGCUUAUCAUCAGAAUAAGCACCCUAAGAAACAGCUGCUUGCAAAGAAAUCACACUUGAAAGGCAAUGUAUUGUGUAAAAGUGUUGGCUUUUACUUUGUUUUCCAUUUUUUGAUUCUCUUUCUUUAGGUGGCUGCGUCAACAUCCAAGAGUUCUUGAUAUGGUUUUUAAAAAGGUGAAAAUUGAUGUAUACUUUUCUAAUUUUACAUAAUUUAGUAUGCUUUGAUGUGGAACAAUGAAAUGUAAUCAUUCUCAAGAAUUUACCUGCAGAGGAGAAACUAGUAUUCACAUUCAAAAUAGGAUAAAUUUGUAUGACAUCAGUGGUAGUGUAUCAAUUACAGAUAUAAGCAUAUAAAUGAAUGACCAAGGCUUGCCAUAAAUUCCCUUUAUCACAAGGGGAAGACAAGCUCAGAUCAUUCAUUACUUUCUUAUUGAGUUCCAUGGAUUGACUUUACAAUAAUUCCAAGUGACAGACGAGUGUUGUGAUUCCAAGGAGUAAUCUUGCCAUUCGAAAGUUUUCGUCGAAUGUGCUCAGACUUUGCGUGAAGACGCCACCAUUUUGAGUCUUAUUUGGUAAUCUGACCCCGUGCUCGGGGCGUAACAAAAUCGUAGUCGUCAUUUCCUCACCUCUAAGGGUUCUGUUUGGACUCUUAUUGAGCUAGACAAUUGAAUUUCCUUCAUAAUGUUCGCUACGGUUAUCAUUAUUUUAUGUGCAUGCAAAUAAACCCUCUUGGCCUCGCCAUGAAAUUCUCAAGUGAGAAUUUCGUGGUCUGUAAACACGUCGUCGGGACCAGAAAGGUUAAUGUACAUGAGUGUGGACGAAAAACAAUUAGGCCCGCCAUUCAUGAAAGAGGUUUGUAGCACUCUCACAAAGGGCUUCUAGAGCAUCCUCCUCUUUUAGAUGGGGGCGUCCGUUGAAUACAAGUUCAAUUUGCGGAGAAUAUAGGAGAAAAACAGUAACUUAGGCAAGAAUCUGUUUCACACAGGUUUCUCUUUGGCCUACAUUAUUGUACUGAUUUUUCAUUUCUUUGUUUUUAGGGAGUUAAAAGAGCUGAGAUGUCAAAUGCCAUCGACGUUUAUGUCAAUGGUACAGUUGGACAGGUACAAGUCUCUUCUUCUCAGAAGCGAUGCGAGAGUGUUUAUCCUUGCUUAAGUAUUACAUGAAGGGUUAAUCUAGAUUGUAUCUUAUGACGUCAGAACCAAGAGUUAAAGGGAACAUAAAUGUAAUCACGAAAGCCUGCCAUUUGAUUCACUUCAGCCAUAAUUUCCUUGUUUUGACUCGACCCACUACAGGAUACUGACAAAGAAACAUGGGAAGGGAUGUUUGAAACUCCACCAGCACUUCUCACUGCGGUAGGUCACAGAAAAAAAAACUUUGAAAUAUGGGUUGAAAACCAAGAUUUUUUUCUUUGUUAUUAUUGUUUAUUUUUUAAAACAAUUUUGAACUUUUCCAGGUAUUGGCAAAUUUUAGACAAGACUUUUGUUAGGGUAGGGUGAAAUUAUAAGAGGCUUGCAAAGACUCUUAGUCCUACCUUGUAAGGUUGCUUAAAAAUUGAUCGAAGAUGUUGAAGACACUUAUCGAAGUGGGCGACUUGACUCUCUCCUGCCUUCAUCAUUUGAAGCAGUUUCGCGUGAAAUACGGAACCUGGAGACGAGUUUCGUUAUGAGUAUAUAGAAAUCUAGGUCUGUGCAUCACUGUUGACUCUGAUUGAUUGAUAUCUUCAGGCUGACAGACAAGAGUGGAUUGCUACCCUUAAGGGCGUCUCCUUAAGUUCAGAUGCUUUCUUUCCAUUUAGGGACAACAUUGAUAGAGCCCACCUGGUAGGUGCUCUUAUUUAUUAUUCUUGUUACAGUCUUCUUCAACUCUGUCCCAUUUCCAUUUUCCAGUUCCCUGAGACUGUUUUUAUCCUUUUCAAAUGAAGUGAAGUGAUAUGAAAUGAAAGGAACUGGAACGAGACGAAAUCAUAAAAUGAAAUAAAAGCAAGAGAUACCAGCAAUAAAAGAACUCAGCCACCAGCGCGUUUCAUGUAUAGGUUAAGAUGUCGAUUCCAUGGCGAGAAAUUCUACAUGAGAACGAUUUGUUAUUUCAUUUCCCUGAAUUAUCAUAAAUAUCAAUUUUUUCAUUCUGUAAAGGAUUUUUCGAUAAAAGUAGUGAUGAAUGAGUAAGCUAAUGGGAGUCAAAUGUAUUUUUGAGCAACUUAAACACAUGCAGUAACUCUUAAGGGAUUGACGAGAUAUUUGGCACUUCAAAUACCGCUUGAGGAGUAGCCAAGUGUUCACUUCACAGCAUGUGUUUAAUCGUGGACGAACCCAUCUUGUGGGCAUGGAUAUAACAAUAUAUCAUGGUCUUCAGUGCUAGAAAUAUUAUCUUAAGAGUAUUCGUGACCAAAAGAAGAAUUAAGCUUUAUUACUGUUUUAAAUAAUGCUUGGAAUAUGUGGGUUACAGCUAUUAAUGACGUUCGCUUGCAGAGUGGCGUGGAAUUCAUUGCGAGCCCAGCAGGAUCUGUAGCUGACGAUAUUUGCGUCAAGGCAGCUGAUGAACAUAACAUGACAAUGGCUCUCACUGAUGUGAGACUCUUUCACCACUGAUACUAACUGGAGAAGAGUUAUUGUGACAAAGCUUGCAACUUACACUUUACCUUAAAAAUGGAUUAUAACUGUUGAGCGGUGUUUAAUUGUAAACAGUGCAACGCUUAAACUUAGCGUUAAAAAGUAAAUUAUCCCUUGUUCUAGUGUGUCGCUUGUUCGUGGACCUUGGCGUGUUGAUUUCCUCUCAAC